ACCCAUCAGGCAUCAAUGGCGUCGUCUCUCUCCACCGCCGCCGCCGCUUCCACCACCCUCGCCGCCAAGGCCUCCGCCUCCCGCCUGCCCCGCUCUCCUUCCCUUCCUCCUCCUCGCGGCUGCCCUCCCGACGGUCCACGCGCUCUCUCCUUCCGCCUCUCCCCUAACAAGCCCAAGCUCCGGUUCUUGGCCCGGGGGUUGCAUCAUACCUCGAGGAGCUCAGCAGUGGUAAAGGCGCAAUCAAAAGAGGUUGCUGCUGAUGGAUCCUCAAAUGCUGCUACUACACCUCCAUCAAAACCUGCAGUACCAGCCUCAGAAACAAAGGAUGCUCAGCCACCUGUUGAUCCCUCUUCUGCAAGUGUGGCUACCAAAGAGUCAAUCUCAGAAUUUAUCUCUCAAGUUUCAAAUCUAGUCAAGCUUGUUGAUUCUAGAGAUAUCGUGGAGCUGCAGCUAAAGCAGCUUGACUGCGAGCUAAUUAUUCGCAAGAAAGAGGCCUUGCCUCAACCGCCAGCUCCUGCUCCGUCUAUGAUGAUCCAUGCGCCCUCUCCCGUUAUAGGCCCACCUGCCCCAGUUGCACCUGCUCCAGUUGCACCCACCGCUCCCAGGCCACCACCUCCAUCGGCUAGCAAGCCGGCUGAAUCAUCGCUUCCACCUCUUAAAUGUCCCAUGGCAGGAACAUUCUAUCGAAGUCCAGGACCGGGCGAACCCCCAUUUGUAAAGAAAGGAGACAAAGUACAGAAAGGACAGGUUGUAUGCAUUAUUGAGGCCAUGAAGUUGAUGAAUGAAAUUGAAGCCGAUCAAUCGGGAACUAUAGUCGAUGUUCUUGCAGAAGAUUGCAAACCAGUCAGCGUUGACACGCCGCUUUUUGUCAUCCAACCGUAAACCUUUGAUCUUGAGGAGGCGAAAGCACGACUCAGUAGGACGUUGAAGAAGAGUAAUUUUCUCGGUACUAUGGUGACAUGCGGCAUUGAUUGAUUUGAGUUGGUAUAUUUUGAAAGUUGAGUUGAUAGGUAGAGAAGUAAAGAUGGUUUGCUCGUAAUUCCUUUCAAUGCUGCGUUGCUGGGAUGAUAUACCCGAAUAAACUUUUGGCUUUUUUGCAUCAAUUCUAUUAUGUACAAGCAGAGCAAUGUUAUGUGGACAAUAAUGGUUGGUUCCAUAAUCUGUCAACUUAGUGAAUAAAGUAACCUAUGUGCUUGGAUUA